CUAGAGCUGCGCUCCAUAAUAAACAACUGUACUAGACAUUAGACGGGGCCCCAUGCUGGCUCCUGGUGAAAAGGCUUAGAGAGAUCGGAAUCGCUUACGCUGCAGCCUCCUCCUUUGCGACGUGGUAAGAGAACACGACUUUCUCAGACUUUUGUGUAGCGAUGGGCACACAACAUUGUUUUGCUUGUCCUCGAGCACCCAAAGGACGUCGGAUAGAGAAAGAAAGCUCCAAUAAAAGAGGAAAAUAAGAUGAAUCUAACGAGUGAAUCUUGAAAGGCGCUUUUUUCCCCCUGCACAACUCCUUCCCGGGAUGAAACGAAAAAGCAGCAGACGCCCGAGUCACCCAAAUACUGAUUGGGAAAAGAGGCUGCAACAACCCGAGAGGCAGAGGGUGCAGCGGGUGCAGAGGGAACAGCAGCGGAGGCAAGGGUAGCACCGGUGGUAGCGGCAGCCGCCACCACCACAGCUGGACCCUGGAGCUUGGAGUCGUCAGCUGUGGCAUCUGGGGAGGAGAAAGCAGCAGCAUCAACAGCAGCAGCAGCAGGAGAAGGAGAAGGAGGAUUUGCUGCCUCCAGUGCCGCCGCCGCCACCGAAGGGGACCAGUGCCAUCCUCUCCCUUUCCCCCUCACUACCAUGUACAGUGUGCGCUGCAAGAAGAAGCGGAGAACCAUGCAAGGACACCGUUACUUUUCUCUCCCUCUGGCUAGUCCCUGGGCGAGUGUGACUGACCAGGGGAAAAUGGUGUGAAGAAGAAAAGAGGAGGAACGGGGAGGGGGAGGGGAGGAAGAGAAGGAAACGAGGUCGGAGUCUGUAUUUUUCCCCCUUUUGGCAAAGAAACCAGAGGAGGAGGCUUGAACGUGUAGCUGCUGCGGUUAGGGAGAAAGUUGAUGCCUAUUUCAAUGGAAAGUUUUGGCUUUUAAUCUGCUCAGGUGUCUUCUCCCUUGAAGGAUGAAGAUCACUGACAGCUAUCGGUGCUUUAUAAUAAGCAACUCCAAUUCGCGGAAUGUUGGAGGUAAAAUGUACCCUUGUUGCUCCACAUUAACUUUGGAACAGGAUCUCAACAGAAAAAUGCAUAUCUGGAUGCUGCAGACUAUAGCGUUUGCUGUAACAUCUCUCGUCUUUUCGUGUGCAGAAACCAUCGAUUAUUAUGGGGAAAUUUGUGACAAUGCAUGUCCUUGUGAGGAGAAGGACGGAAUCUUAACAGUGAGCUGUGAAAACAGGGGGAUCAUCAGCCUCACAGAAAUCAGCCCUCCACGGUUUCCAGUCUACCACCUCUUGUUGUCUGGCAAUCUUUUGAACCGUCUCUACCCCAAUGAGUUUGUCAAUUACACUGGGGCUUCAAUUUUACAUCUAGGGAGCAAUGUCAUCCAGGACAUCGAGACAGGGGCAUUUCAUGGGCUUCGAGGUUUAAGGCGAUUGCAUCUGAAUAAUAAUAAACUGGAACUACUAAGGGAUGACACUUUCCUCGGAUUGGAGAGUUUGGAGUAUCUACAAGUCGAUUACAAUUACAUCAGUGCCAUUGAACCUAAUGCUUUUGGCAAACUGCACUUGCUGCAGGUGCUGAUCCUCAAUGACAACCUCUUGUCCAGUUUACCCAACAACCUUUUCCGUUUAGUGCCCUUAACGCAUCUAGACCUUAGGGGCAACCGGCUGAAACUUCUGCCCUACAUAGGGCUGUUGCAGCACAUGGAUAAAGUUGUGGAAUUACAGCUAGAAGAAAACCCCUGGAAUUGCUCUUGUGAGUUGAUCUCACUUAAGGAUUGGUUGGACAGCAUUUCCUACUCUGCCUUGGUAGGGGAUGUGGUUUGUGAAACGCCUUUCCGGUUACAUGGGCGGGACUUGGAUGAAGUGUCCAAGCAGGAGCUUUGCCCAAGGAAACUCAUCUCGGACUAUGAAAUGAGGCCCCAGACGCCCUUGAGCACUACGGGGUAUUUACAUACGACCCCAGCCUCCGUCAAUUCCGUGGCCACUUCUUCCUCUGCUGUUUACAAGCCUCCUCUGAAGCCCCCUAAAGGGACCCGCCAACCCAACAAACCCAGGGUGCGCCCCACCUCCCGCCAGCCCUCUAAGGACUUGGCCUACAGCAACUAUGGCCCCAGCAUCGCCUACCAGACUAAAUCGCCGGUGCCUUUGGAGUGUCCUACUGCGUGCUCUUGCAAUCUGCAGAUUUCUGACUUGGGUCUCAAUGUCAACUGCCAGGAGAGGAAGAUAGAAAGCAUCUCAGAGCUUCAGCCCAAGCCCUACAACCCUAAGAAGAUGUACUUGACAGAGAACUACAUCACAGUUGUGCGUAGGACGGAUUUUCUGGAGGCUACAGGGCUAGACCUGCUGCACCUUGGAAACAAUCGCAUCUCGGUGAUCCAGGACCGUGCUUUUGGGGAUCUAACCAAUCUGAGACGACUCUAUCUUAAUGGCAACCAGAUUGAACGCCUGAGCCCAGAGCUGUUCUAUGGCCUACAGAGCUUGCAGUAUCUUUUCCUCCAAUACAAUAUUAUCCGGGAGAUCCAGGCUGGGACCUUUGACACAGUCCCUAACCUACAGCUCUUGUUUUUAAACAACAACCUCUUACAGGCCCUGCCCGGGGGCAUUUUUUCUGGUCUCACGCUGCUCAGGCUAAAUCUAAGGAGCAAUUACUUUUCUUCGCUGCCUGUGAGUGGAGUGUUAGAUCAGCUGAAAUCUCUUAUUCAGAUCGACUUGAAUGACAACCCUUGGGAUUGCACUUGUGACGUGGUGGGCAUGAAGUUGUGGGUGGAACAGCUUAAAGUGGGGGUACUUGUGGAUGAGGUCAUUUGCAAGGCCCCCAAAAAGUUCGAGGAGACCGAUAUGAGGUCUAUUAAGUCGGAGCUUUUGUGCCCAGACUAUUCUGACGUAGUGGUUUCUACACCUACUCCCUCCUCCAUACAGAUCCCACCACGAACCACCUCUUUGCCCUCCACAGUCAGAUUGAACAGCACGGACGCCACUGCGGGGGGUGGCUCUGGCAACAGCGCCUCUUCGGUCCCCUUGUCUGUGCUGAUCCUCAGCUUGCUUCUUGUCUUCAUCAUGUCAGUUUUUGUGGCCGCUGGGCUCUUUGUGCUGGUGAUGAAAAGGAGAAAGAAGAACCAGAGCGACCACACUAGCACCAACAACUCAGACGUGAGCUCUUUCAACAUGCAGUACAGUGUGUACAGCAGCAGCGGGGGCAGCAGCCACCACCAUUCGCAUACUCACCACAGGGGUCCAACCCUCCCUAAAGUGAAAACCCCUGCGGGCCACGUAUAUGAAUACAUCCCCCACCCCCUGGGCCAUAUGUGCAAAAACCCCAUCUACCGUUCCAGGGAGGGCAAUUCGGUGGAGGAUUACAAAGAUCUGCACGAGCUCAAGGUAACCUAUAGCAGUAAUCACCAUCUGCAGCCUCAGCAGCAGCAGCAGCCACAGCAGCCUCAGCAGCAGCAGCCACAGCAGCAGCAGCAGCAGCAGCCGCCACAGCAGCAGCUGCAGCUACAGCAGGGAGAAGAGGAGAGGCGGGAAAGCCACCACCUGCGGAGCCCCGCCUACAGUGUCAGCACCAUUGAACCGAGGGAGGAGCUGCUGUCACCAAUGCAAGACGCUGAUCGCUUUUACAGAGGCAUUUUAGAACCCGAUAAACAUUGCUCGGCCACCACGGCUGGCAGUAGCCUCCCGGAAUAUCCCAAAUUCCCUUGCAGCCCUGCUGCCUAUACCUUUUCCCCCAACUAUGACCUUAGGCGCCCCCACCAGUACUUGCACCCGGGGGCAGGGGACAGCAGGCUCCGGGAAACGGUGCUCUAUAGUCCCCCCAGUACUGUCUAUGUAGAACCCAACAGGAAUGAGUAUCUGGAAUUAAAAGCAAAACUAAACGUUGAGCCGGACUACCUCGAAGUGCUGGAAAAACAGACCACAUUUAGCCAGUUCUAAAGGCAAAAAAACUCCCCAUAGAGCAUUUGUAUUUAAAACAAACACACGAACAAGCAAACAUAUGAUGAACCAGUUUGAUUGUGUUGUUUCAACGUUUAAGGUGAAGUGCCUUGGCACAGGAUUUUCAGCUACGGCGAAUGAUACUGAAAGGGUGUGCAAAUUCAUUUUAUUUUUACAAUUAGGAAAUGUUUCUGUAAGCUGGGCACAACUCUUGCUCUUGUGUCAGUGGAGGGAAAGGAGCUGUAUGGAGGGCCAUUUUUACGGGUGACUUUUAAAGGUCAAUGAAGUUUUUUGAUAAUGGGAAAUACUUCUGUUUUUCAAAGACCGAAGGGCACAGGUUCCGUCCUUCCUCCUCUGAUACUUCAUUCCCUUCCCCCCUUUAAGCCAUUGGGUGGGUAUAAAUGGCUUUUCUGGAAAGAGAUUAGCACACCCCGACUUUAAUACAACAUUUCUUUUCUUUUCUUUUUAAAGGAUGUGUUUGUAUGCUUUCCGGACAUUUGAAUUAAAAAAAAAAGUAUUAUGACCUUGAAAAGGAUCAGUAUAGAUGUGGAAAAACCAUUAAAAAGUGCAGCGCUAUAUGAUCCAUAACUGGUUAGUCAAAAUAACUUAUUGAUGAAAUAUAAAAAAUAUUUUAUUGUAGCACCUAUUUUUAUAUGCACAUUCGCAUUUCACUUUCCUUCAUUAUUUUAGUCUAUGAUUUGUUUGGAGCUUCAUUUCCAAAGCUGAAGUGGUAUCAGGAGGGCACUCUAAUUCUAAAAUUUUCAGUAGAUGUGACUAAAUCUUAGAAGACAAUCCAAUCCACACAAUUGGGUCUGCAUAAAAAUAAAAAUAAUAACUGUUACUUUUCCCAACAAGUUAAAGCAUUUCCUAUUAGGGAAGUUUGGACUAACUAGUAAGGAAUAUAUGGAAAUUGUAGUUUUCAAGUGAGAGAGAAAAAAGGGCCUCUCUUUUCAUUUAACCAAACAAAAUAUAAUUUGACUACUAUUGUAGCCAAUUCCUGAUUGUUUAGGCAAAUAAAUUGCACUUGUACAGAUCCAUUUCUAGACUGGCACCUUUGAACACCAAAUGAUGGACUGCGCAAAUUUAUAUAUCUUUACCCCUUUGGGCAGCAGGCAAUGAUAAUUGAUUACCAUAAAGACAGGAUCAAUGUAAGAUGGGGCUACUGAUGUCUUGUAUGUGUCUCAGCACAUGAAAUUUUUAAUAGUUUAUGACUACAUACUUGAUAACUAUUUGAAAUGUGAGGAUGUGAAGUAAUAAUUACCUGAAGUUCAAAAUAUCUGACUCCUAGGUCAAUGAUUCUCCAAUUUUAAUCAAGAUGGAAGAGAUAGGAGCUAAUCCACUAAGCCUAAUUUAAACAAUUCUUUGCAUACUUAUGGAGAUUUAAUAUACUAUAAUGAUCAGUUUUGUGCUUGAGGGAGCUAGAAAUUUCUAAAUGUGUCACUAAUAUGCUUAUUAGUGAAAUUUCAAGUUUAUAUUUUGUUUCCAUUCUAAAGUGUUCAUUUAAUACAUGGAACAGGGUAAGUAAUGUUGCUUCACACAAGUUUUAUCAAAGAAUUAUAUAGGCUAUUAUGAUUGGUUUUUCUUAUUAGCUUGCCAUUGUGUCCAUAUUUCAAAUUAUAUAAAUUUAUAUUCAAAGGUUAUAAUGAGUUUUAUGACUGAGUUUGAACUUUCCUCUCAAAUGUUCAAAAUACAGGUGAUUAGAUAUAUGCCAUCUAUUCACCUUGGGACAAGGUUUGGCCAGUACAUUGGUCUUUGUCUUACAGGUCUUAACCUGCUUGUUUGAAGUAAUUUGGAUUGUAAAGGUCUGUAGAUUCCAUUCCGCUUUUGGUGGCUCUCUCAGUAACCAAUAACCUUAAAUGGAAUGUGUCAGAAGAUCAAGGGUAGUCCAUGAACCUGAAAUGUGCAAGAAACACUUUACAUGGCAUCCUGCCACAAAGAGGCAGCAUCCACCAGUGAGUAAAUUGACAGCAACUGAUUGAAUUUAGAAUAAAUGGGUAGUCAUAUCUUCCCUGAGGAAAAAUAAAAACAAAACAAAUGAACAACUCCCUAGGCUCCCAAAUCAAAAAUAAAAACCUCAUACUACCUCUUUUAAUAUCAGUAUGCCCCUAUAUUUCUUUCUCUUAUUUUUAAAGCAUUUUCCUUUGUAUUAACUUUUUUGUUUGUUUGUUUCACAAGGGGGAGGUGUAGGAUUUGUGCUAAGAUCAUGAAAAAAAAAAUUCUUCCUCCUCAUCUGUCUACUCAGUAUUUAAUUCAUUAUUAGGAAAGAACAAUGAACAAUAUUAUUUGGUAUCAUAAUGGAAAUGUGUGUAGUCUUUCUUUUCCUUUUAAAUAAAAGGUACAAAUCAAAAUCCCUUACUCUUUCAUUAUCCUGAAAUACUGUAAAGUUUUAUGAAAGAUAGAAUGGAACUAGAAAAGGAGAUUCUCAACAAAACUAAGCUUUGUUUAAAAGCAUACAUUUGUAUAUUUAUAUGUAUACAUACAUAUGAACAUAUGUAUGUAUAUAUACAUAUAUGUGUGUAUAUACACAUGCAUACACAGAGAUAAGAAUGACAAGAAAGAUGUGAUAGUAGUGGAUAAAAAAUAAAAGAACUUCCAAAGAAUGUUAUGUAAAUUUAAUCUUCCUAUAUUUUUUUAAUGUUGUGAUAUUGAUUAGAGUCUAUUUUGGUCAAAUCCGACUAUUUAGCAUUUCUCUCUUGAUUUUCUAUUUAAAAUAACUGUUUCUGCCCCUGCCCAUACCUAACAAAACAUUUUUCUAAGGUUUCCAAAAUGUUUUAUCAUGAAAUUAUCCGGUAUAUUAAUGAUGAAAGAGCACCUAUCUCUAUAUCUUAUAAUUCUGUCUCCAUAUACAUAUAUAUAAUAUAUGCAUAUAUAUAUGUAUAUAUAGUAU